AUGGAGCUUGGAGAUCUCCUGGCGUUUGCUUCCACAGAAAUGAAUAGCACAACUGUCACCCUGACUUUGCUAGCGGUCUUUCUGGUUCUACUGUAUUGGUACUCCACCUCUGCAUUCUCCAGGCUAGCCAAAGUGGGGAUCCGACAUCCUCCACCUCUCCCUUUCAUUGGAAAUCUGCUCUUUUUUCAAGAGGGCUUUUGGGAAAGCCACUCAAAGCUCAUAAAGGAGUAUGGACCGGUUUGUGGGUACUACAUUGGUCGCCAGAUGUUUGUGGUGGUCUCCACACCAGAGAUGAUCAAGCAUAUCUUAGUGACGGACUUCAGUAACUUCAUGAACAGAACUAAGCCGAACCUGGUUUCGAAGCCGAUGCUCGACAGCAUCCUUUGUCUUCGUGAUGACAGAUGGAAGUACGUCCGGAGUCUGCUGACCCCAGCCUUUGGCGACAGCAAGCUGAGAGAGAUGAUACCACUAAUAAACCAGGCCUGUGAUGUCCUGCUGAGUAACUUGAAAGUCUAUGCAGAUUCUGGCAACGCUUUUGAUAUCCAGAGGUGUUACAAGUGCUUUACUUUGGAUGUUGUUGGUAGUGUGGCUUUUGGUAUUCAAGUGGACUCUCAGAAGAAUCCUGAUGAUCCUUUUGUUAAGAAUUGCAGAACGUUCUUUGAAAUGUCUUUGUUUAAGCCUCUCCUAAUUUUAAUCCUUUCUUUCCCAUUCAUAAUGAUCCCAUUGCUCCGGAUUUUGCCAAACAAGAAACAAAAGGAACUGAAUGGAUUUUUUAUCCAAAUCGUAAAGAAUGCAAUUAUCUUCAGAGACCAGCAAGAUGCAGCUGAGAGACGCAGGGAUUUUCUCCAGUGGAUGCUGGACUCCCGCAACGCUGCUGCUUGCCUGGGAGCUGAGUGUUUUGAUGCGAUCAGCCCAGCCACAGCCUCUGGCCACCACAAGGCACCUCUUGUGGGCAAGGCCCCAUCCGAGAAGGUUCAAAAGAUGUUAACAGAGGAUGAGAUUGCAGGCCAAGCUUUUCUCUUCCUGAUUGCUGGCUACGAGACCACCACUAGUGCACUGUCCUUUGCCACUUACUUGCUAGCCACCAACCCAGAGUGCCAGGAGAAGGUACUUCAAGAGGUUGACGACUUCUCAGCAAAGCAUAUCAUCCCUGACUAUCAAACCAUAGAAGGACUCCCUUAUCUGGACAUGGUGAUUGAAGAGACAUUGCGCAUGUAUCCACCUGCAUUCAGGUUCACUCGAGAAGCAGCUAAAGACUGCGUAGUGCUGGGGCAGCGUAUCCCAGCUGGAGCUGUCGUUGAAACUGCAGUGGGACAUCUCCACUAUAACCCUGACUUCUGGCCAGAACCUGAGAAGUUCAUUCCUGAGAGGUUCACAGAGGAGGCCAAGAAGGAGAGGCAUCCCUUUGCAUACUUGCCUUUUGGGGCAGGACCCCGUGGCUGCAUUGGCAUGAGGAUGGGUUUGCUGGAGACAAAAAUGACUCUGCUGAGGAUUUUGCAGAAGUUUCGAUUUAAGGCCUGCCCAGACACUGAGAUUCCUUUGCAGCUGAAAUCCAAAGCUACACUGGGACCAAAAAAUGGAGUCUACAUUCAGUUAGAAUGUCGCUAAAUGUGCUUUCUGAAACUUCUCAGGAGGGGACCUCUCUGUCAGUGACUCACUGGGUGUAAUGUUUUUCAAAACCCCAAAGAGAGGUAGGAGCUUAAGUCCCAUUGACAGUCAGUAGCUGCUGUCUCACUGACCUCCUUGUGGGACUGCAGAGCCUCAAGUCACCUUUUGUAAAUGGGACAUAGGCUCCAACAUCUUUUGGUGGUUUUUGAAUUGCUGUGACUACUAUAUGCAAAGGAGCAUCCCACUUUUCAACUGCUUUUCUAGAUCACAAUUCCUUUCAUUCAUGUUUGAGAAUGCUUUCUGCAGGCUCCAGUUCAAUAAAUGGAGCAUGUGUUAAGUGUACAGUAGAUUUAUGAUAGGUUUUAAUUACAAUUCAUUAUCUGUCACAUCCUGCUGAUGCACCCUAUAAUCCUGCUUCUAGAAAAAAAAAUUCAGAGGCACAAGUUAUAACAGAAGACCUGCAAUCAAGGGCACUGUUUUUUUUAUUCCUAAAUUCUGCUAAAAAUUAAAGCCGAGUCUCUUGCACCAUGCUUAACCUCUCCCUGUGUCUGUGAACUGCAGAGAGCUGCAUGUCCUCAUGCUUUUGAAGUGCCUUGAAAUACACUUAGAUUAACAAUUCACACUUGGCUUAUUGCAUUGAUGUGGUUGAAGAGAAUGAUGAGCUCCCCUGUUUAGCAGUCAAGUUCCAGUAACUCAGACCAAAGAAAUGAGGCAGCAGCCAUUUUGCUCGUUACUGAACUGCUGCUGUGAAGGAGGAGGAAAAGAAGAUAGGAAUUCAAAGGGAGCAGGAGGACUAAGGGAAAUGUAAGGGGGAUCAGAAGGUGUUGCUACAGUAUCUGCUUCGCUGCUUGGAAACUUUUCCUUUCCAAGCAUUGCAGCUGGCACCAUCCUUGUCUGGUGCAUUAGCUCAAGGAAAUUAAGAGGGAUGCAGGCAUUAAUGCCACUGGUGAGGUGCAGGAGCCAGAAGCAUUAGUCCCAGCAGCUCUGAUUCCCUAUAAGUGUGCUGGAGCAGGUCACAUCACAAAUGCGUGCCUUGCUCAACACAGUGGGGAAAGUAAGUGCUUGCUUAACUGCCAACUGCAGCAGCAAGGUGGAGGCAUUCAGGCUGUAUGGCUGUCUGCAUGGACCUUCACAGCUAAAACAGCAGGAUGUUUUUACUCUUUGCAGUCCCUCCAUGGUCUUCACUACUCCUCUAUCAAGGCCUUCAGUCACCACUCAGCAGUGAAACAUCACACACUGGAGACUGACCUGAAAAAACUUCUUCAGCAAACUGUUCAACUGUAAAACAGAACUGUUAGAGGAGAUAGUCUCAGGGUCCUUUUUUCUUUAGUUUCUAUAAAAAAGCAAAAAUUCUUAUAGAAAUGUAAGCAUAUGGAAGUGCUUUUCUGUUCUUUGUGAGUGCUGAACUUCUGCCUGGUGACAUGCUCUGCUAGAGGUUUCCUUAGGUACAGCAUCUUAGGUGUGUGGAACUCCAGUAGUAGAAAGAGAUGGCCUGGUCAGGUUCACUAUAAGGAGAUCUGGAAGGAGCCAUCUAGUCACUGAUGACUAGCUAUAGUUUCUCUCUCUAGGAAGCACAUUUAGCUGCCUUCUUCCCACAUACUGCCUUUACACUCACCAAAUUACCUUGCUUCUGGAAGAUGUUUUUUUUCUUACAUAGGAUUUUUUUUUUCCGACCAGAAUGGUACAGGUAGUAGUGGUGAAGUACUAACAUGGCAGUCAUGGAACUGUUCCUGAGCAUUUCUGAAAUGCUAAACGCAAGUGCCCUUUUAUAGGCACACCAAAUUACUGAUGGAGCAAUUGUUAUUUGAAUAGCAACAUACUGUAUUUAUCCUAAUUUUUACACACAUUCUCCAUUCUUCCCCCCUUGAAAAUACUACACUGACAGCUGAUUUACUAUACUGCUUGUAUGUGCAACUGCAGUAAAGUUGGAUUGUCCUUCCCACCUACCUGAUAAAAGCAGAAAGCAUUAGUUGUUUAUUCUUGUUUUUCACUUCACAGUGUGAAGUCAGCCAUCAACAACUUGUUUGUCCCCUCUAAAUUUUUCACCAUAGUACUUCCUUAUUUGCCUUAGCAUAUCUCUGUGAACAAAUACUUCCAGUCUAAAAAAAGCUUGUGAUCCUCUCUUUUAUAGGCUAUUCUGCAGCUUAUCUGAAUGCUCUUUGUAUCCUCAUAUUUAUCCAAGAGAGUGCAACUAAGUAGUAGAGCAGUUGAACAAUUCACAUUCACCUGACAGAGCACCAUCAUCUUGAAUGCUCUGUUGACUCAACUGGAAAAAAUAGCAGUGCACUGGCUGAAUUGUGCAUCACAUUUUGCAGGCUUAAAAACUGUGUUGAGAUCCCUUCCCAGCUACUUCUAAGUUGAACACAGGCAAUGUAUGUGUCUGUAAACUCACCUGAGCAUGAGGUAAUGAUGUUUUUCAACUGUCCUACAAAGCUUUCUAGCUGUACAGUCAAAGAAUGGGAGAGCGAGGCCAGAAUGUAAACCAUCGUAUUUACUACUACAAAUUGACAGGUCGAAAUAGGUUAGAAUAGAGGAACUAGUUUUGCAGCUGUAGGCCAAACUGCGUUUCUGGAAGUAUACCAUCCCUUCUUGGGAAUGCAGGCCAGUGAGACAAUUAAGAAUCAAACAAACAGAAAGACGGUAACUGUCCAGUAGUACAGUAAGAGUCCCAAGCCAUUCCUUCCUUUUAAACAAUAGCUGCUGAUAUAGUCAAUCUUCUAUUUUACCAGAAUACUUAAUGAUUUUGGCUCUCUCUCUGGCUAAGAUAUGCAAUGUAUCUAAAGAGCUGUGAGACUAGCAGUAGCACUCCAAAACAGAAACUAGCAUAGUGUAUUAAUGAUAGUGUGUAAGUUACAUGUAUGUAACAGAGUCUGGGCCUGAUCUUGAGCACAGUUCGGUUUAGAAUUUGUAAAAGGUUCAAAGUGAGCUCUGUUUAUAGCUGCAACACAAAAACGUAACAUUAUAUCUUUAAGUACUGGUAGCAUUUCAGGUAUUGCAUGCCUAUUUUAAAAGAAUAGCAGCUCAUUCCAGGGAGGAACAAAGAAGCUGGUUUAAAAUAAUUUCACUCCCCAGAAACAGUGUGUUGUCUCACAUUGCUGAGCUGUGGGUUUGUUUUAAGAUUAGGCACAUCUCUGUUACAAAGUGGUCCUAGCCAUUCUCUGACAAAUGAUGUGAAGGCUGUUUGAUAAAGGAAAGUUUCUAUUAGAAACAUCAUCUAGGAAUUUGCAGUGAUUACUGAAAGCUGUCAGUAUAAAAUGGUAUUUUUAAUGAGACUGCUGAGAUAGAAAACCUUUACAGUUUUGUACUUUAUAAGUAGUAUUCCUGGGAAAAUGGAGUCUUAGAAAUAAUUAAGCUUGGUGGCAAAUUUGACAUUAAACUACAGAACUUCCUCUCUAUAAGAUUUUUUGUGAAAUGACCAACUUCUCAUUUCCCUUUGUUAAAUGAUAUUUCAGCCUUGGACACAGCUUUGACUAGUAACAGUAACAUAUUUACAGUAGUAAAUAUGCUAAAAGGA